GAGGUAAGAGGUUGAGGUUUCGAUGGAGGUGGGUUGUGUUUAUAUUUAUAUGGACGAUUCGAAUAGCCUCGCGUUGAGCGGCAGUACGCCAGCCAGCAGUUGUGAGCGGGCAAGCGGCCGAGAGCAUAGCAGUUCUCAACCCCACACAGUUCGUCGAGGGACUUCCUCCUCUACUGCCCGUGGAAUAGGGCAUCCGACAAUAUCUGAUCUCUCAACAACAGUGUUCAUCCCGUAUCGGCGUGUGUGCAAUCAGAAACCUGUCCGACUGUUGAGUCUUUGUGGAUUAGAAAGUUCCGCGUUCGUUCAUUUUGCGGUACCCCGAACAAAACAUUUCAUGUCCGUCAUGAAGUAGCAGCACGCUAUAAUAUUGUGAACUACUGACAAUGCGCUUUAUACACAGUGUUGGUAAUAUGAUAAAGAUUAAUUUUCAGUUGCGUAAUCGGUUUUUAUUCGAAAAGUUUAUGGCGCUGGGAUCAAUAAUGCCUUGUGUGUAUGGCGACGCCAUGCAAUCGAUACAAGAAAGUAACAGUUGAAGUCGGUUGGGAUGAGCGCGUUACAGACGACUACAUCACUACACUGCAUAUUUUGCAUUCUUGUGACUGUGCCCAGAAAACAUCACCGUCACCAACGCCAUUACCCAUACGGAAGAGGCGAUCUGUUUUUACAGACAUUACGUCAUUAUUGUUCCUACCACCUCGAACGGUGUAAUUAUAAACAAUAUCACUUCGCUACAGAAGCAUCAUCCUUUAUGAAUAAGACAUCUCUCAUCUGACAAGACAUCAUCUCAUUUCUGUACUAUUAAUUCUCGUACAUCUUCUUGAAGUAUUGGAAGCAGCAGCAAACCCAACAAGCAGCAAAAAUGGGCGAGAAAGUAUCCUCCACUUAUUUGUCCCAACUCAAGGCAAUGAUCAUCAGGAACCUCCUUCUUAAGAAACGAGAGAAGAGAAAGACUAUUGCUGAAGUAUUUCUGCCCCUUUAUUCACUAGGAAUUUUAAUUGUGAUCAAGAUCAUGAUACCAAACCCAAACUUUCCUGUUAUGAGCACUCCACGGGGAGAGGCAGACCUAUUUGAGCACUUUCAGCAAUUCAAGAAUCACACCAUAGCCAUCGUGCCAAACACCACUGAGACACAGCAUUUCCUGGACAAUGUGAAUCACCUGUGGUUGACAAUGCACCUCGACCCAGGGCUCCAUCCAAUCAACUUCAUGAUGUUUGACACACAUGAUGAUCUGCUUACAGCAUAUUGGAAGGAGCCAGCGUCUAUACCCGUUGCUGUUAUCUUUGAAACGGAUGAUCCUGUCAAAGGAAUUUUAAAGUAUGAAAUCAGGACAAAUCCUUCUUUUGUGGUAACACCUUCAACAACAGAACUCUACUCAUCACCAGCAUCAUGUCGAGAGAGCGAAGGUCAUUGGAGUGGAGUUUUCCCUAUAGAAACUGGAGAGAGCUGUCCAGUGAACCAGUACUAUUACUCUGGUUUUGUGGCCAUCCAAGCUCUCUUUGAUUUCACCAAGAUCAGGUUGGACUCUGGUCAAAUGGACAUUGAAGUACCACACAUCAUGCUUGAACUGUUUCCAAAAGAGGCAUACACUGGAGACUGGAUGGUGGCAUUCCGGGUUGUGAUUCCACUCUAUAUGGUGAUGGCACUAUCACAGUUUAUAACAUAUUUACUAAUUCUUAUUGUUGGGGAGAAAGAAAAUAAAAUCAAAGAAGGGAUGAAGAUAAUGGGGUUGCGUGAUUCUGUCUUCUGGUUGUCAUGGUUUAUCAUCUACGGAGUAUUUGUGCUGUUUCUGACCAUCAUCAGUUCGAUCCUGCUGUUCACGCUGAGAGUCUUCCAGCACACCAAUUUCCUGCUCAUCUUCCUGUUAAUCCUGCUGUACAGCCUCUCCAUCAUCAUGUUUGGUUUCAUGCUCACCCCCUUCUUCGACAAGGCGCGGACUGCUGGAAUUCUUGGAAACUUCGCAGUGAACAUCAUGAGUUUGCUGUACUUCAUACAAGUAUUUGUUGACGACUCAAGUUCUGUAGCCUUCUGGCUUGUUUCCCUCAUCAGUUCAACAGGAUUUGCUCUUGCCAUGGAUAAGGCAUUGGUGCUGGACUUGUCAGGGGAUGGUGUGAGUUUUGACAAUCUGUGGUCAGGCCCUGGGAUUCCGUUUGGGGGCAGCUUAAUCAUGAUAUCAUUGGAUAUUGUUCUAUAUGGUCUUCUUGCCUACUACUUGGACUGUGUUAUUCCCAGUGAACAUGGUACCAAGAGAUCACCAUGGUUUUGUUUCACUCCUAGAUUUUGGUGCUCUAAGAAAUCUGCUCCACGA